UCCCUGCAGAGGAUCCCGAGACAGCAGGUGGCUCUCCCGCAGCCUAUACCCGCAGGUACCAUGAAGGUCUCCGCAGCUACCUUUGCAGUUCUGCUGGCCGCCGUCGCCGUCUGCGCUCCUGCCUCUGCCUCCCCAUAUGCUUCGGACACCACACCCUGCUGCUUUGCCUACAUCUCCCGCCGACUGCCCUUCACUCACAUCCAGGAGUAUUUCUACACCAGCAGCAAGUGCUCCAUACCAGCAGUCGUCUUCGUCACCCGGAAGCACCGCCAGGUGUGUGCCAACCCACAGAAGAAAUGGGUGCGGGACCACAUCAACUCUUUGGAGAUGAGCUAGGAUGGAGGGAGUCUUGAACCUGAACUCAUGCAAACUUCCCUAGUGCUUCUUGUUCUUGUCCUAACCAGCUUGGGAGACUCCCCACAAACUCCUGCUCCCACUCCCUCCUGGGAGGGCACAAAUUCCACCAGCCAGCAGCAGCUAUAAAAGCCUCCUCC